AUGCCAACAAUAGGAAUCGACUUGGGAACAACAAACUCGUGUGUGGCAACAUAUAGAAAUGGAAGGGUUGAAAUUAUCGCCAAUGAUCGCGGAAAUCGCGUAACUCCGUCAUAUGUAUCGUUUAAUGACGAAGAAAGACUUGUUGGCGAAGCUGCCAAAGACGAGGCAACCUCAAAUUGUGAGAAUACACUAUGCCAAAUAAAGCGAUUGAUUGGUCGAACAUAUGAUGAUCCUAUUGUCCAAUCUGAUAUGCAGUUAUGGGGAUUCGACGUUAUUAAUGACGAUAACAAGCCUAAAAUACCGGUCGUAUAUACCAAUAAAAGAAUGAUAUUCUGCCCUGAGCAAAUAAGUGCUAUCGUAUUAGAGGAAAUGAAAAUCACAGCUGAGGCAUUCUUGGAUGAAACCGUAACCGAUGCAGUAAUUACAGUCCCUGCGUAUUUCAAUGAUGCCCAACGAAAAGCAACUCGUGAUGCAGGAAAAAUAGCAGGUCUCAAUGUUAUUGGCAUGAUCAAUGAGCCAACUGCUGCCGCUGUAGCUUAUGGACCGGAUAGACAGGACACCGAACAAUGCCGUGAAGACUUUGACAACAAGCUUGUAAACCACUUUAUUGAGGAGUUAAAGCAGCAACACAAUAAAGAUAUAUCAAAGAAUAAGAGAGCAAUUAAUCGUUUGCGAUUAGCUUGCGAAGAUGCAAAACGAAAGUUGUCCUCUUCUACAAAAGCAAAAGUACAAGUGGACGCUUUACACGAUGGGAUUGAUUUUCGUAGCAAUAUCACCAGAGCAAGAUUUGAGGACAUCAAUCACGGCUAUUUCAAACAAAUUCUUGAAACUGUUAAAAAAGCGCUUGAAGACUCGGGCCUGAUAAAAGAAGAUAUUGAUGAAGUUGUUCUUGUCGGUGGUUCGACAAGAGUUCCGAAGAUUCGAGAAAUGCUUGAAAAGUUUUUCGACUAUUUGGAACUUAAAAAAACUAUUAAUCCUGACGAAGCAGUUGCCCAUGGCGCUGCAGCGUACGCUGAGUUUAUUUCAAACAACAAUGAUGAUAAUCUAAAAGAUUUUGUUCUGGAAGACGCCACACCUCUUGCAAUUGGUAUUGAGAUUUUAGGGGGGGGGGGAGAGCGUGCGCUGACGAAGGAUAACCAUUUCUUGGGAGAAUUCACACUCUCCGGUAUCCCUGUUGCACCACGUGGCCAAGGCGAGGCUGAUAUUUGCUUAGACAUUAACUCGAGUGGCGUUCUUCAUGUUUCUGCGGUAGAAAAGAUCAUGGGAAAAUCAAGCGAACUGGAAAUUGACAUUGGAAAGAGAAGAUUGCUUCCAAACGAGAUAAAAAGAAUGAUUAGGGAAGCAGAGGUGUUUAGAACGAAUGAUGAAGAGAAGAAGAAACGCAGUAAAGCGAUGAACUUGCUUGAGGACCUUGCAUACAACAUUAAAAAAAAAAUUGGUAAAAGCAAAACCUCAAAGCGCAAUAACGAAUCCAUGAUGGGCCAAGUUACUGAAAUUUUGCGGUGGAUGGACAUAAAGCAGAAAGAACCUGUCGAAAUGUCAGUUUUGGAUAAGAAAAAAAGGAAGAAUUAG